GCUCCUUCCAAUCCCUACCCUCCCUUAUUCCCAUGGUGCCCCGCGCUUUCGGAGCCAUCGGCGGCAAAGUCGAAGAAAAUGGCGGAGGGUAGGCGAAUUAAAACAAGGCUCCGGAGUUCCAGUCAAAUUACACCAUUGUCAGAUCAGAGUUCCUCUUCUGAAAGAAAAUAUCACAGAAAUCAGAAGCUUGGAAACCCUGAGACCAUCACUAAGCAGGAAGGAGCCCCAAAAACGAGCAGCUUCCAGGCUCGGCGCAGUGCCAGGCUAAACCCUGGUGUGUGUGCCGAUACUAGUGUGAUCUCUCCAGAACGUGCCAGUGUCAGCCCAAACUCCCAAGGAAGGAUGACCCUUGUCAACCCUGCUGAAGAAACUGGGGUCAGUAAGCCACCAUCUGCCAGCAAGCGGCUCAAGAAAAGUCCACAGUCACGAUCACUAUCCUGGCGACGCUCCAGUUUCAAGGGUGGUAAAGGGCGAAAAUCCCUCCCACCAAUCCACCAUGAUGCAACAGACAUUUUUGAGGGUAUCAGCACAGAUCUGCCUGAGGACGAAAGACUGGCACUGCUGUUUCAUGCAUGUUUAGAGUAUACUUUGCAAAAGCUGCAACGCUCCUUGGAGCCACAAGAGGCCUUCAAUCUGGAAGCCUUUCAAAAGCAAGCCUCUGAUAUUUCCAAUGACGUGAAACGCAUUGUGGAGACUAUGAAACUAGACGGGACUCUGAAGCAAUGCACAGAGAAACCAAAUGACGUUCUUCUCAAUUCAGAAACUGAGAUGCUGAUGAAGCAGCUAAAGGAUGACAUUUCCAGAUUAACUGUUGAGUGCAAAGCUUGGGACCACCUGCUGGAAGUCUAUCACCAAAAAGCAGAACAUGCAUCUCAUGAUUUGGAGAAAGCCAAAGUGGCUGGAGGAAUGUUUGAACCAAUCGCUUUGGAAAAUUCUCAAAUAAAUGUGAUCAGGACAAAGCCAGACUACCAGAGUUUUCUGAAUGAGGAUGUGUCCGUUCUCCAGAAUAUGGAAUGUAUAAUGGACCAGCUGCAACUAACCAUGAACAUGAUUACUCAAGCCAAACAGGAAUGGGAUUCCUGUCUGAAAAAUAUAUCCAAAAAACUGGCAUCCAGAACAUUCAAAGGGCUGGAAGAAUGUCCGGUACAGAAAUUCCUAACAGCUACCAAGGAGUAGUGAAGAGAACUGAGAUGGCCAUUAUUGGGUUGAGAGGAGAUCUUCUCAUUGGAUUUUUAAUGCCUGUGGCAGUGGCCUGCAAGACACUUUACUCACCUGGACUUUGCUCAGGAUCUCACCUGGGAUUUUACCACUUUUUGCACCUUUUGCUGCAAUUUGAGGCUAGAUGUAUUUUCUACUCCCCUUGCCCCAGUUUAGAGUUCAGCAGUGAAAGGCAGUUCUCACCCAGUCUAGCUUUUAGUUUCACAGAUUCUGAGCAGGUGGUGAGUGAUUUAGGAGGCAGCAGGGCUGGUCCUAAUGAUGUGGCUGUACAAGAAUAUCAAGUAGGCUCAGGUAUUUGCCCAGUUGUGAAAUCUGUGGUAUAUUAUCCUGCCGAUGCUUACUGGCCAGGUUUCUGUUGAGAAUGGUCGUUUGGGACCAACAUGUGAAAGAACUGUGGGAGCCUUUGACACAGAGGAUUAAUGCAUUUGUGGCAGCAGGAGAUCAGAAAGAGACUGGAUUGAUGUGUUGUGUUUAAAUGAGUUCAAACCUAUGGGAAAGUCUGCCUCUCAUGGCAAUGUAUUUGGGUUUUGGUAACUGACUACCAGCGCAGCUGCUACCAUUUUGAAGUGAAAUGGGCCAAUGAUCUUGUGAAAACCUACAGCAUCCUAUUGCAAAAUUAGAAAUGAAUAGUUUUGCACAUGAAUGGAAAGUACUCGUGAGCACCUUGAGUCUUUUCUUUCGUGUAUGUGCUCCUGUCUGGCAAUGCAUCUAUACAUAGUCCAACAGGUCCCACUGCAGUUGUGAGUGCACUUUGACAGUCUUUCAUCUGAGCCUUACAUGUUGAUGUCCAGUUAUGAAGGUUGGUAUAGUAAUGGAAUAAUUUAGUUGAGAUCAUGUGCUUUUGUCAGCCUGAAUCUCAACUAAAUGCAAAACCGAGUAGGACUGAAAGCUGUAAUCAACCCAACUUAAUUUUGAAGUUUAAUUCAGGCAGAAGUAAGGAAUUACAUUUUAACAUCAGUUUUAUACUAUGUUUUGUGCUUGUUACUUACGGUGAGAAAUUUGAGAAAUUUCUGGAAGGUAAUUUUCAUCGUUUUGGGUAGACAUUUUUAUUGGUAAAUGGUGAAUGUUUUCUGAGCAUUAACUGGUCAGGACAGUUUGCAUUGAAUGUAAAAAUAGUUACAGUUUAAGGAUAAAUCUGACCAAUUCAACUUCAGUUACUAGAUGGUUCUAUGACAAGAAACAUGGGAGGGUUUCACGCCCUUGGGAACUUCCAACCUGGUUUGCUCAUCUGAUAUAAAAGUCAGUAUCCACAUUAUAGGAGUGAAGCACUGAGAUACUCGCCCAAGAAUUGUCAGUGUUUUGGUAGUGAGUGAUUAUGGCUUCAAUCUGUCCCUGUUUCUUAUUAGCUGGAGAUUAUUGGCCCAUUUCUAUCGUCCAUAUUUUCAAACAUUUGUUCCUGAGCUUUCUGUGUCUGGUCUGUAAAUUGUAUAGUAGAUUGUACAUUAAAGUAUAAUUUCCACAAAGUUUA